GUGCGGUCCGAGUACUAUGGGAAGAUGUUUGGCAUCGGCAUGAAGGAGCGCGACGCCGCCGAGAUCACGGUGCCCAAGACGGACCUCGCCAGCUUCACCGCCUUCAUCGACUACCUCUGCACCGACCAGCUCGACCUCGGCGAGGGGGAGGGCGAGCAGGCGCGGCGCGCGCUCGACCUGCGGGAGCUGGCGCAGAUGUACCAGGUGCCGCGCCUCGAGCUGCUCUGCGCGCAGGCGCUGCAGGAGAGCGUCGGGCCGGCGAGCGCCGUGCCGCUGCUCGAGGCGGCGCACACGAUGGGCGACGGGCGGCUCCUCGCGCAGUGCCGCCGCUACGUGGCCGACCACGCCGCCGAGGUGCGGGCGAGAGGCGGCGUGGAGCAGCUGCGCGACCUCGGCGUGGCCAAGGGGCUGCUCGGCGACGCGCUCGACCAGGUGGCGGAGCUG